AAUGGCUGAGAACAAAGGCUUAAGCUUGGAAGAGAUAAAGAAGGAGAGCGUAGAUCUUGAGCGCAUACCAAUUCAGGAAGUAUUUGAACAGUUGCAAUGCACAAGAGCGGGUUUGUCAACCGAGGAAGGCCAAAAGAGGAUCCAAAUCUUUGGCCAAAACAAGCUAGAAGAAAAGAAGGAAAAUAAGUUUCUGAAAUUCUUGGGUUUUAUGUGGAAUCCUCUAUCAUGGGUGAUGGAGGCUGCUGCUAUCAUGGCCAUAGCUUUGGCAAAUGGAGGGGGGCGCCCACCAGACUGGCAGGAUUUUGUGGGGAUAGUGGCAUUGCUUAUUAUUAACUCCACCAUAAGCUUCAUAGAAGAAAACAAUGCAGGCAAUGCUGCUGCAGCACUUAUGGCAGGUCUUGCACCAAAAGCCAAGGUUUUGAGAGAUGGAAGAUGGACAGAGCAAGAUGCUGCAAUCUUGGUACCAGGAGAUGUGAUUAGUGUCAAGUUAGGAGAUAUCAUCCCAGCUGAUGCUCGUCUCUUGGAGGGAGACCCGCUUAAGAUUGACCAGUCUUCCCUAACCGGUGAGUCUUUGCCAGUUACAAAACACCCGGGUGUUGAAGUCUUCUCUGGGUCCACUGUCAAGCAAGGUGAGAUUGAGGCUGUUGUGAUUGCCACUGGUGUGCACACUUUCUUCGGCAAGGCUGCUCACUUGGUCGACAGCACUAACCAAGUAGGACACUUCCAAAAGGUUUUGACUGCAAUUGGAAACUUCUGCAUAUGCUCGAUUGCUGUGGGGAUGGCAGUGGAGCUAAUUGUAAUGUACCCAAUUCAGCACCGUGCAUACAGGGAUGGGAUUGACAAUCUCUUGGUACUUCUCAUUGGAGGUAUCCCAAUAGCAAUGCCAACUGUAUUGUCUGUGACAAUGGCUAUUGGUUCCCACAGGCUGUCACAACAGGGGGCUAUCACCAAGAGGAUGACAGCCAUUGAAGAGAUGGCUGGAAUGGACGUCCUAUGUAGUGACAAGACUGGGACUCUUACUCUCAACAAGCUUACAGUUGACAGGUCCAUGGUUGAGGUAUUUGUGAAGGAUGUGAACCAGGACACUUUGAUUUUACUUGGGGCUAGGGCUUCUAGGGUUGAGAAUCAGGAUGCUAUUGAUGCUUGUAUUGUUGGUAUGUUGGGUGACCCCAAGGAGGCCAGAGAAGGUAUCACUGAGGUACAUUUCUUGCCCUUUAACCCAGUUGAUAAGCGUACAGCGAUAACAUACAAAGACUCUGAAGGCAACUGGCACCGAGUUAGCAAAGGAGCACCAGAGCAGAUCAUAGAGCUAUGCAACCUCCGGGAUGAUGCAAGACAGAGAGCUCAUGCAAUCAUCGAUAAGUUUGCUGAUCGUGGUCUUCGCUCUCUUGCUGUUGCUAGACAAACUGUGCCAGAAAAAACAAAAGAGAGCGCAGGAGGACCAUGGCAGUUUGUGGGUCUAUUGCCUCUUUUUGAUCCUCCAAGGCAUGACAGUGCAGAGACAAUUCGCCGUGCCCUCAAUCUCGGUGUCAAUGUUAAGAUGAUCACUGGUGACCAGCUAGCCAUUGGGAAGGAGACUGGUCGCAGGCUUGGCAUGGGAACAAACAUGUAUCCUUCUUCCACCCUACUAGGGGAGCACAAGGAAGAGUCCAUUGCUACCAUUCCCGUUGAUGAGCUUAUUGAGAAGGCUGAUGGUUUUGCUGGUGUCUUCCCGGAGCAUAAAUAUGAAAUUGUGAGGAGGCUGCAAGAGAAGAAGCAUAUAUGUGGGAUGACUGGAGAUGGUGUGAAUGAUGCCCCAGCUCUAAAGAAGGCAGAUAUUGGAAUUGCAGUAGCUGAUGCAACAGAUGCAGCCCGGGGUGCAUCAGACAUAGUACUGACAGAGCCAGGAUUGAGUGUAAUUAUUAGUGCUGUAUUGACUAGCAGAGCCAUUUUCCAGAGAAUGAAGAACUACACCAUCUAUGCAGUUUCCAUAACCAUUCGUAUUGUUCUGGGUUUUAUGCUACUGGCGCUGAUAUGGAAAUUUGAUUUCUCACCGUUCAUGGUUCUGAUAAUUGCCAUACUCAAUGAUGGGACUAUUAUGACCAUUUCAAAAGACAGGGUGAAGCCUUCUCCUCUUCCGGACUCAUGGAAGCUUAAAGAGAUCUUUGCUACUGGCAUUGUCCUCGGCACCUAUCUAGCUGUUAUGACUCUUGUUUUCUUCUGGGCUGCUCACAAAACUGACUUCUUCUCAGAUAAGUUUGGUGUAAGAUCUAUCAGGAACAACAAUUACGAGCUUACAGCAGCUGUCUAUCUUCAAGUGAGUAUUGUAAGUCAGGCACUAAUCUUUGUUACUCGGUCUCGAAGCUGGUCUUAUGUUGAACGCCCUGGUCUCUUGCUUAUGGUUGCUUUUCUUAUAGCACAGUUGGUGGCUACUAUCAUUGCUGUGUAUGGAAAUUGGGGCUUUGCAAGGAUGCGUGGAAUUGGUUGGGGAUGGGCUGGUGUUAUUUGGCUCUACAGCAUCAUCUUUUACAUCCCUCUGGAUAUUCUUAAAUUCAUGAUACGAUAUGCAUUGAGUGGCAAAGCCUGGAAUAAUCUACUCCAAAAUAAGACUGCUUUCACAACAAAGAAGGAUUAUGGAAGGGGAGAGAGGGAGGCACAAUGGGCUGCAGCUCAACGUACUCUGCAUGGACUGCAGCCUCCAGAAUCAUCGGAACUCUUCAAUGAUAAGAACAGUCAUAGGGAGUUGUCUGAAAUUGCUGAACAGGCCAAGAGGCGAGCUGAAGUUGCCAGGUUGAGGGAGCUCCACACACUUAAGGGGCAUGUUGAGUCUGUUGUGAAAUUGAAGGGACUUGAUAUUGAAACCAUUCAGCAACACUACACUGUUUGAGUAACGAAAGCAUUUUUGGCAAGAGAGGUGGUUCAGAGAAGUGACAACUAGGAAUAAGAAUUCUGUGCUUAUCCUUUGUCCUUUUCUUAUAUGAUUUUGUAGGACACAAAGGUUUAGAAUAAUCCAACAAUGAGAUUGUCCAAGACAAUCCAAGGUUGGAAAAGAGAUUAGGAUACUAGUCUGCAACUAACUUAGUAUUAAAUAUGUUUUCCUUCAUUUUCAAUGAUAAUUUCUUCUAUUCUCCCUCUCUCAUACACAUGCAGGCAUACACAGACAGACACUGAGACGCAUAAUUGAACAAAAUUUUUAUUUAAUCAGGGUUUUGUGCCUAA